AUGGACACCAUUACAUCUAGGCAAGCACUUGUCGGCAACGACAGGAUCAUCUCCAACAACGGCAAGUUUGCUCUCGGCUUCUUCCAGACAGGCAGUAAGUCCUCCCACAACACCCUGAACUGGUACCUAGGCAUAUGGUACAACAAUGUCCCCAAGCUAACUCCAGUAUGGAUAGCAAAUGAUCAUAACCCAGUUACAGACACCACCACGUCGGAGCUGAUAAUAUCCAGUGAUGGCAACCUCGUCAUCUUAAACCAAGUCACCAUGUCCAUCAUCUGGUCUACCCACACGAAUACCAUAAGCAACAAUACCAUUGCUAUGCUAUUGAACAGCGGAAACCUCAUCCUACAGAACUCCUCGAACUCAUCAAAUGUGUUGUGGCAGAGCUUUGAUUACCCCACAAAUACCUUCCUCCCUGGUAUAAAACUAGGUUGGAACAAGAUCACGGGUCUGAAUCGCCGUCUGGUUUCUAGGAAGAACUUGAUUGACCUAGCCCCUGGCAGAUAUGGUGCAGAGUUAGAUCCAAGUGGUGCCAAUCAGUACAUCUUUACACAGCUGAACUCGUCCAUACCAUAUUGA